AUGUCACCUAGUUUCCUGGUACCUCAACUGCAUGGCCCUUCUUGCGGCCUGCUCGUAGUUCUGAUCGUUUGCCUCGUUCUGAACUUCGGUGCUUUUCUCUUCUCCCUCCGCAUCUUGAUGCGCGGAAAACAUCAUUACACCUAUCUCACUGGCGACCGACCCCGCAACCUGCCUAUAAAUGUCGGCACUGUUCAAGUCACGUUCCAAGACGAUCCUAUUUACUAUGGACUGGAAGGCUUCAACGCCACGGCUGAAUGGAAUGCGAUCCGCCCGCCCGGUAAGGGCUUCGUUUUCCUGGGGGAGGAACAUUUUGCAUUUGGUGUGUCAAUGUGGCACCAGAUGCACUGCCUUAACCACAUACGCGCGACACUCGUCAAUGGAGACGACGGGUCAGAUCAUACUGAGCAUUGCUUCCAUUACUUACGGCAGGGCAUUCUCUGCGCUGCCGAUACAACGCUCGAGCCUGGCGGUACGCACAUGGAGUUGGAAAAUGGAGACAAAGUAGCUGCGGGCGUAGAGACUGUACAUACCUGCCGAGACUGGAGACAGGUGCAUGAUUGGUUGGAGAAGCAACAUGAGAACUGGACCCCGGAGAUGCAGCAGAGGUUCCAAGAGGCUAUUUAA